AUGGUAACACAUGAAAUUGGACACGCAUUAGGAUUACCACACAGUUCGCGUGAAGACUCCAUAAUGUUCGCAUAUGUUACUGCUAAUAAUAAGAAUAGAAUCGUUAAACUCAACAUAGAGGACAUUUUAGUCAUUCAACAACUCUAUGGAAUUAAAAAUCCAAAACUAACAACUACACCAUCGAUGUCAACAACACCACCAACUAUCGAAAUUACUACAAAUAAACCCGAGUAUGUAGAUCUCUGUACUUUACAAUAUGUGAAUACGGUAUUGGUAUUGCAUCAUCGAAUAUUCGUCACGUACCAACGCUACGUAUCGAUAAAUAUAGAUGAUACAAAAUACGACGGACCGCACAUACUAAACAGCUACAUGGAUUUCCUUCCGGAGAAUUUCUCCUUAUCAGCCGCGUAUCAAAGGCCUUCGGGUGAACUAGUACUGUUUGUAAAUAAUAUAGUUUACAUGAUCGAGUAUUCCAGUUUCAAAUUGAAAAAAGGUUGGCCAAAACGUCUCUCGAGUUUAGGAUUUCCCCCGAAUGCUUUGAUCGAUACCGCAGUAAAUACUAACAAAGGACAAACCUACGCGAUCUUCAAUAGUAACGACGUGGCGCAGAUAGACGAAUGUAGUAUGAGUGUUCGCUCAUAUCAAUCGUUACAAGCGGUAUUCCCAGGAAUCCCACCAGCUCCGACCUUGGCCUUCCGAUAUAUAAAUGGUAAUCUGUACUUUGCUAAAAAAUAA